UAUUGUAAAUAAAAGUAAUGAAAAUUGUAAUAUGUAAAAGAAGCAGUUCGAAAAGAUUUAAAAACAAGUUCUGAACUUUUUCCUAUUUCGAACUGUUUAACAUUUACACGCCAACUAAUGGAGUACAAAAUUUUACUGAACAGUCUCCUCUCCUCUUUCUUUCUCGAGCCCCUACCUUCUUCCUCCCCUAUGUUUUUUACUCUCUUUCUCUCUCUCUCUCCCUUUGCUCUGCAUUUCUCUCUCUUUCAAACAAAAGGGUUUCUUUGCAAUCUUUCUUGUGUCUAAAGAACUGCUAAAGCAGAGUUUUUCUUUCUUUUUUUUGGGCUGGAGAGGAUACAGCGUCCUUCAACUUCAAGCACUUCCUUGAAACUCCUCUCUUUUUAUCAGAAAGAAGUGUGCUAGAGCUAGCAAUCACCAACCUUGUUGAAAAGGCACAUUGUUUUUUAAGCAAACCCUCCAUUUUACUUGCGAGAAGAUGAAAUGGGUCGGUCGGAUUUUUCUCAAAAGGCUGCAUUUUUACACUUUAUUUUUCUGAACCCAAGUCCAAACAAACAUCUCCCUCUUUUAUCAUCGAAACCCACCUUCUUUUUAUCACUAAAGAAUAACACAGCUCUGCACUCGGGUGGUUCUUUAGUGGAGGAGGGGUUGAAAAAAUAAGCCAUCUUUUUCAUUUUCAGGCGUUUGUUUAAAAGGAAGGAGAAGCUUUGGCCAAGGAAAAGGAAAAUGGGUUGUGUUGCCUCAAAGUUAGAGGAGGAAGAAGAAGUAGUCUCCAUCUGUCGAGAAAGAAAGCGCCACCUAAAGUUAGCUGUAGAGAGAAGGUAUGCUCUAGCAGAGGCACAUUGUAAAUACUGUCAAGCUUUAUAUGCUGUUUCAGCCGCCAUUAAGCUCUUUGUGGCUCGCCAUUCUUCUCCUUCCCCUUUCCUCAUCACAUUCCCUCCUCCAUGUUCUCCCUCUCCUCCCCCUUCAGAAAAAGUGAUAACCAAUCCAAUGUUUCUUCAGCAAACACCUUCUGACUCCACCCACCAAGCCAUAGCCGCCUGCUCUUCUUGUGCUUCUUCUUCUUCAACCUCUGCAGAGUCCUCCACUGAAGAAAGAGAAGAAGAAGAAGAAGAAGAAGAAGAAGAACCAGCAGAGGAGGAGAGGAUUGAACAGGUCCCUGCCUAUUUCUACAUGCAAAUGCCACCCCCAAUGCCAUCCCCCCAGAGGGAGUUUGGAUGGGAUUUCUUCAAUCCAUUUGAGGCCAUGAGGACGGAUGUCAUCGGCGGGUAUCGCCAGAGCUCGGAGGACGAUCUCAGGAUGGUAAGGGAGGAAGAAGGGAUCCCAGAGCUGGAAGAGGCAGAGGAAGACAGAAGAGAGCAAAACCAGAGAAAAGUAGUGGCUGUUGUAGAGGAAGAAGAGGAUGUUGGUGCUCUUAAAGAGCAAAGGAAUGGAGUUGAAAUGGUUAAAGUUGUAGAGAGGGAGGAGGAUGAGGGUCGGUUGAAGCAGAAAGGGCUAACUGUCAUUGAUACACCAGUGGAAGGAAGGGAACUUUUGGAAGCAUUGCAGGAUGUUGAGGAUUAUUUCAUUAGGGCUUACGAUUCAGGAAUUGAUGUUUCUAGAAUGUUGGAGGCUAAUAAAAUUCAACUUCAGUCAGGUUUAGAAGAAAUCAAAGAGAACUCGACUAAACUCAUCCAAGCGAUAACGUGGCACCGGUCUGCUUCGGCAAAACCUUCUUCAUGUAAGAGUCUGGUAGCAUCCAGUUCGAGAAGUUCUUCGUCAUGGACAGAGUUUAAGAAUGAGCUUUUUGAUGAUUACGGCGUUAUGGACUCGGGAAGCCAUUCAUCGACUCUCGGACGAUUAUAUGCUUGGGAGAAGAAACUCUUCGAAGAGGUUAAGGCUGGGGACAACAUGCGCAAACUGUACGAGAAAAGAUGUUCACGAUUAAGAAACCAGGACGUUAGGGGGGACAAUGGAGAUACUACCGAUAAAACCCGAGUUGCAGUAAAAGAUUUAUAUGCCAGGAUCUUGGUCGCCCUUCGGAGUGCUGAGUCGAUUUCAAAGAGAAUUGAGAAACUGAGAGAUGAUGAACUACAACCUCAAAUUGUUGAGCUGUUAAAAGGCUUAACAAGAACAUGGAAAAUCAUGUUGGAAGUUCAUGAAACCCAGAAAAAGAUUAUUCUUGAAGUGAAGACUUAUUCUUGCCAUUCCUAUUUAAAGUUCUGUAACGAAUCUCAUCGCCUUGCAACACUUCAGCUGGGGGCCGAGCUUCAGAACUGGCGUGUGUGCUUUUCAAAAUAUGUUGCAUCACAGAAGGCUUAUGUUGAAGCUCUCCGUGGAUGGCUAACCAAGUUUGUAGUGCCUGAGGUUGAGUUCUAUUCUCGGGGUCGGAUUUCGGGUGUGCCUUACGGGCUGCAUGGACCUCCAUUGCUUUCAAUCUGCCAUGAUUGGUUAUCUUCCAUGGAAAAGCUACCGGAUAAAACAGUAUCCUUCGCAUUGAAAAGCUUUGCAAAGGAUAUGAAGGCUCUAUCAGACAAGCAGAUGGAGGAGCAGCAGCAAAAAAGAAGAGUUGAGAGUCUGGCAAAGGAACUUGAUCGAAGGAUCCUGUCGUUCCAGAAAACAGAGAACAAAUUCUUCGAGUUCAACUAUACCGAGACGAAAUCAGAGUUGGAAGUGGAAAACCAGAAUGAGUACUUGACAGAAAAGAAAGACCAGUUGGACAUGUUCAGAAAGAAGCUGGACUUGGAAAAGGAAAAACACCAUAACUGCAUACAACAAGCACAAAGGAUUACACUAAAUGGAAUCCAAACAGGGUUUUCUGCAGUUUUUGAAUCCUUAUCAGAGUUUUCCAAGGCUUCCCAGAAAAUGUACGACGACCUUGCAAACUACAGCGAGAACGCUGAUAAAUCUGGAAAUGUGAACUAUAUUGAGGGCUCCCAAGUUGAAGAAAAUGUUAGUAGCAGGCUUUUUUCAUGCCCACAAUUUUGUUGCAGACAAGGGCAAUUUAUUGCCUUUCUACAUUAUUGGCAAGAGACCCAAGAAAUGUAGAUAUGGAUUUUAAGUGGGCAAUUAUUGUAAGUAGCUUCAAUGUACUUGAAAAACAAAGAAGCUUGGGACCUAAAUUUAAUGGUCGACAGCUCCAUUUCAACCUUUUUAGCUUUCCACAAAUCAACUGGCUCUCUCUCUCUCUGGGGAAUUGCCAGAGAGCACAUUCACAGCAGUGUAUUGUCAUUCAAUCUGGUGCUGUUUGCUUGCAGUCCUGAAACUCGAGGCAUCAUCAAUGGCAGUUGCAAAGCUUUGUCUUCAUGUAUGCGUUCUCAAUCCAUUAUUAUGGUGGGCACGUGAAAUCAAAGCCUGAAAACUAGCAAAAAAACAAA